UUCUCUCUUCUCUCUCUCAGAUUUCUUCUUUCAAUAAAAAAAAAACACUUCAAAACCAAUAAAAUCACUCUUUUCUUUCAUACCCAUAUGCUUUAAUACACACAAAAAGAAAAACCCAAAAAAAAAAAAAAAAAAAAUCAGAAUUUUGAAAAUCCAAUCAUACCCAACAUACUACUGAUCAUCCUCUACCUAUAGUACUACUCUAUUCACAAUCUUCUGGGUGUUGAAGAUGCAAGGAUUUCCAGAGAGAGGUGGGCCUGGGCCGGGACCCGGGCCCAAUGAUUUGGCCCAUCUUCAGGCCACCAUGCACGCCAUCGAACUCGCCUGCGCUUCCAUUCAGAUGCAUAUCAAUCCUGCAGCAGCCGAGGCAACGAUACUGUCGCUAUGCCAGUCUCCUCAGCCAUAUAAGGCAUGCCAAUUUAUUCUUGAGAAUUCUCAGGUGCCUGAUGCAAGGUUUCAAGCUGCUGCAGCAAUUCGUGAUGCAGCUAUCAGGGAAUGGGGUUUCCUCACAGCUGAUGACAGGAGAAGCUUGCUUAGUUUUUGUCUCUCCUUUGUUAUGCAACAUGCUAGUUCAAAGGAGGGCUUUGUCCUGGCAAAGGUUUCUUCUGUGGCUGCUCAAUUGAUGAAAAGGGGCUGGCUUGAUACUACAGCUGUGGAGAAGGAGGCUUUUUUUAACCAGGUAAACCAGGCUGUUCUUGGCAUUCAUGGUCUAGAUGUGCAGUUCACUGGAGUUAAUUUUCUGGAAUCUUUGGUAUCUGAAUUUUCUCCCUCUACUUCAAGUGCCAUGGGCCUUCCGAGGGAGUUUCAUGAGCAAUGCCGGCGGUCAUUAGAGAUUGACUAUUUGAAGAUGUUCUACUGUUGGGCUCGAGAUGCUGCUUUAAGUGUCACUAAUAGGAUAGUGGAAUCCAAAUCUGAAGUACCUGAGGUUAAAGUUUGUAAUGCUGCAUUGCGUCUCAUGCUUCAGAUCCUGAACUGGGAUUUCCAUUUAAAUAACAAUAGCACGAAAACCAGUAUAAAUGUUUUCUCUGCUGGAGCUAGGCUUGAUAUUGAUUCAUCUAAGCGAUCUGAGUGUACCUUAGUGCAGCCUGGUCCUGCUUGGCGUGAUGUUUUGAUUUCAAGUGGUCAUAUUGGGUGGCUUGUGAACUUAUAUGCGGCACUUAGGCAAAAAUUUUCACGUGAAGGUUACUGGCUUGACUGCCCUAUUGCAGUCUCUGCUCGAAAGCUAAUUGUGCAGUUCUGCUCAUUAACAGGAACUAUUUUUCUUUCUGAUAACGGGCAAAUGCAUGAACAUCAUUUGCUACAGCUGCUUUCUGGGAUAAUUGAAUGGAUUGAUCCACCUGAAGCUGUUGCAAAAGCAAUUGGAUGUGGAAAAAGUGAAAGUGAAAUGCUUGAUGGUUGCCGUGCAUUGUUGUCUAUUGCAAAUGUAACAACUCCCUUUGUGUUUGACCAGCUCUUAAUGUCCAUAAGGCCUUUUGGCACUCUUACCCUAUUAUCCACCUUGAUGUGUGAGGUUGUUAAAGUCCUUAUGUCUACUUACCCUGAAGAGGAGACAUGGAGCUGGGAGGCACGUGAUAUCUUGUUAGAUACCUGGACUGCUCUUCUUGUGCCAUUGGAUAGUACCGGAGGGAAUGCAAUGCUUCCUCCUGAAGGGAUAAAUGCUGCUGGCAAUCUCUUUGCCUUGAUUGUAGAGUCUGAGCUAAAAGCAGCUGCUUCUUCAGCCUUGACGGAUGAUGUUGAGGGUGACUACCUUCAAUCUUCAAUCUCUGCCAUGGAUGAAAGAUUAAGUUCUUAUGCUCUUAUUGCGAGAGCAGCAAUUCAUGUCGCAAUUCCUUUGCUCACGAGGCUGUUUUCUGAACGCUUUGCACGGCUUAAUCAGGGCAGGGGCAUUAUUGAUCCAACAGAAACUUUGGAAGAAGUUUAUUCACUUUUACUGAUUGCUGGGCAUGUACUUGCUGAUGAAGGGGAGGGAGAAACACCCCUGGUUCCAUAUGCUAUUCAAACCUACUUUACUAACAACAUUGGAGCAGAUGAACAUCCUGUCAUUGUACUUUCUAGCUCAAUUAUAGGGUUUGCUGAGCAGUGUUUAGAUCCAAAAAUGAGAGCAUCUGUUUUCAGUCCUCGACUCUUGGAGGCUGUUAUAUGGUUCUUUGCAAGAUGGUCCCGUACAUAUCUUAUGAACCCUGAAGAAGUAAGAGAGACUCACAGUCAGGAUCAUCAGCUCCAGUCUCAACAGUUGAGAAAAGGUUUACAUAGUUUUUUCAGGGAGCAUAAUCAAGGAAAACUUGUGCUUGACAUUAUUGUUCGUGUAUCCGUCACAACGCUAUUGUCCUAUCCUGGGGAGAAGGAUUUGCAGGCAAUUACAUGUUAUCAGCUUCUUCAUGCACUUGUUCGGGAAAAACAUAUUUGUGUUCACCUUGUUUCCUUGGAUUCAUGGCGCAACCUAGCAAAUGCUUUUGCUAAUGAAAAGAGUUUGUUCUUGUUGGAUCUUGCUCAUCAGCGUUCACUUGCACAAACACUUGUUCAUUCAGCUUCUGGCUUGAUAAAUUCAGAGGCAUCAAACCAGUACGUAAGGGGUCUCAUGGGUCAUAUGGCAACAUAUCUAGGGGAAUUAUCUAGCAAGAAUGACUUAAAAAGUGUUGCUCAACAACCAGAUAUUAUACUUUUGGUCAGUUGCGUGUUGGAACGGCUUCGUGGAGUGGCAAGUGCCUCAGAACCUCGAACACAGAAGGCAAUUUAUGAGUUGGGUUUCUCUGUAAUGAACCCUAUUCUGGUUCUUCUUGAAGUUUACAAACAUGAGUCUGCAGUUGUUUAUCUGCUACUUAAAUUCGUUGUUGCCUGGGUAAAUGGACAAAUUAGUUAUCUAGAAGCACACGAAACGGCAAUAGUUGUUGACUUCUGCAUGCGUUUGCUUCAGCUCUACUCAUCCCACAAUAUAGGCAAGAUAUCGGUAAGUCUUUCGAGCAGCUUACUUAGUGAGGCAAAGACCGAGAAGUAUAAGGACUUGCGUGCUCUUCUUCAACUCCUUUCAAGCCUCUGUUCAAAAGAUAUGGUUGAUUUUUCAUCAGAUUCUAUUGAGACACAGGGCACAAAUAUAUCUCAGGUUGUAUAUUUUGGUCUUCACAUAGUUACCCCUCUGAUAUCAUUGGAUCUGCUGAAAUACCCCAAGCUUUGUCAUGAUUACUUUGCUCUUCUAUCACAUCUCUUAGAGGUUUAUCCUGAAACAGUUGCACAACUAAACAGCGAAGCCUUUGCACAUGUUCUUGGCACUCUAGAUUUUGGUCUCCACCACCAGGACGCAGAAAUAAUUGAUAUGUGUUUAAGAUCUCUGAAAGCUCUUGCUUCCUACCACUACAAAGAGACAGCUAGUGGUAAAACAGGCUUGGGCUUACAUGCUGCUGGACAUAAGGAUUCAGGUGGAAAUUUGCAGGAAGGCAUUUUGAGCCGGUUUCUUCGUUCAUUACUGCAGUUACUCCUUUUUGAGGAUUACAGUCCUGAUCUGGUCGGCAGUGCAGCAGAUGCUCUCUUUCCUUUGAUCCUUUGUGAACAAGGCCUAUAUCAGAGAUUAGGCAAUGAGUUGAUUGAAAGGCAGGCAAAUCCCACGCUCAGAUCAAGGUUGGUAAAUGCAUUGCAGUCUCUCAUAAGUGCAAAUCAGCUCUCUUCUACCCUUGAUCGUAUAAAUUACCAGAGAUUCAGGAAAAAUCUUCAUAACUUCCUAAUUGAAGUUCGUGGAUUUUUGCGAACCAUGUGAGACAAUUGUAGUGUGAAAUAUGGAAAAAAAAUUUUGCCCUGUUCUUGCUGUUGUUGGAAUAGAUAUUAUUUUUCAAAUCAAAGGGAUAACCCAUUUCUCAUGAGCGUUCUUGUCUUGUAAUUCAUGAAUAUUCCAUUUCAUUGCAUUAAUUACUAGUUAAUUGUAAAUUGUUGAUAAUAGAGGAGUUCCUAUUUCUAACUGAAUUUGUUAGACCAUGUGGGAGAAAUGUGGCGGACUGAAAUUGG